UCCAACUUUCUUCUCAAAAAAUGGAUCCGGAAGGGAGCAUUGGAACCAGACGCAACCCAAUUGUAAUUGCGAAGCCAAUGUCUUUAGAGGAGGAAUCAGAUGCGGACAGAGUUUCAAAUCUUCUACAUCAGGCUAUGACCAUCAUCAAAGAUCUACGCCCAGGAUUGGAUCUCAUUUCACUCAAAUACAAGGCUCCACCAAACUUCAACAUUCCAAAAUCCCAACUCCAAUGUUUUGGGGAAUCAGUGUAUUGUUGGGGUGAGGAUAUGCUGGAGAAGUGCAAUCGUGGGGGAAGUGCUAUGGAAAGAUUAGCAGCCGUUGUGGGAUGGAGCAUUUCCACUACUCGCCCUCUCAUCUUUGGUGCUUUCCCUUACAACCCUAUUCUUGGGGAGACCCAUCAUGUUUCCAAGGGUACCCUUAAUGUCCUACUCGAACAGGUUUCACAUUACCCACCUGUAUCUGCCCUUCAUGCCACCGAUGAAAAACAUAACAUCGAAAUGAUAUGGUGUCAUAAUCUCUCUCCUAAAUUCCGUGGUACAAGCGUGGAAACCGAGAUAUGUGGGAAGAGGCAGCUAAAGCUUCUAAACCAUGGGGAAACUUAUGUAAUGAACUGUCCAAGUUUGGUGUUCAAAUUCAUUCCAACAAAGGCGUUUGAAUGGAGUGGCAAAGUGAAGAUCCAAUGCCAAGAAAGUGGCCUCGCAGCUGAAAUCUCUUACAAAGGCCUUAGCUUUUUAGGUCGCAAAUCAAACAGCCGAUCCAUCAAUGGCAAGAUUUUUUCUCAAUCUUUGUCCAUCAAGAACUUAUGUGACAUUGAUGGCCAAUGGGACAGAUCCGUUACACUGAAGUAUCAAAAUGGGAACGUUAGAACUAUAUACAAUGCAAGUGAAGUGAUUUCCAACUUAAGAACUCCGAUUGUUCUUGACCUUAAGGGUGUUAGGGCAACAGAAUCAGCGAAGGUGUGGGGGGAAGUGAGCCAAGGGAUAUUGAGCAAAGAUUGGAAGAAAGCAAAGAAAGCAAAGAUGGCAGUGGAAGAAAGGCAAAGGGAGCUUGCAAAAGAGAGAGAGUCAAGAAAGGAGAGUUGGGUUCCUAAGCAUUUCAAGCUCUCUUACUCCAAAGAAAAUGGUUGGGAUUGCUAUCCAAUUCAACCCACUGUCCCACCUGCCCCCAUUGUUGUCCCAAUUUGAUACCUUUGGUCGUCCAAACUUCAUAUAUAUAUAUAUAUAUAUAUAUAUAUAUAUAUAUAUAGCUUUCAUGGUGGAAAGAAUAAAGCUUAAGGAAUGAUGGGUAAGUGUAGUAAAUCCCAAUUGUAAAAUGUGAAGAACCCUUGUAUGAUUUCUCUUUAAAUAAUGAAGCUAUCUAUCAUAGACUUAUAUA